AUGAUUUCCUUAGCCAAUGUUUAUCAUGUAGUGACAAAAACUGUCCCAUUAUAUGUAACAAUGUUCUUAGCUUAUGUGUCAAUCAAAUGGUUCAAAAUCUUCACACAAGAACAAUGUUCAGGAAUAAACAAAUUUGUCGCAAAAUUCUCAAUCCCUCUUCUAUCCUUUCAAAUCAUUUCAUCCAACAAUAUCUAUAAAAUGAGCUUAAAACUCAUGUAUGCUGAUUUCAUUCAGAAACUUCUUGCAUUUCUUCUCUUAAGUGCAAUUAUUAAGAUCUGCGGAAAAGGUGGUUUGAAAUGGAUUAUAACUGGUUUAUCAUUGUCUACACUUCCUAAUACUUUGAUUCUUGGAAUUCCAUUGGUGAAAGCUAUGUAUAAGGAUGAAGCUGUUGUUCUUUUAGCUCAAAUUGUUUUCUUGCAAAGUAUGGUUUGGUACAAUUUACUUUUGUUUCUUUAUGAAUUUGAUGCUGCCAAGAACAUGCUAUAUACACCUCCUUCACAUAGCACAGGAGAAUCGGAGACGGCUAGUGAAAUACAAUCAAAAGGAGAAGAAGAAGAAGAUGAAGAACCAGCUGGAACAAAAAGGAAAACGAAGAUCUAUCACAUUCUUGUCACAGUGGGAAAGAAGCUAAUCAGAAACCCUAAUACCUAUGCAUCUUUAUUAGGCAUCAUUUGGUCAAGCAUACAUUUCAGGUGGGGAAUACAUAUGCCUGAAGUGAUUAAUCAGUCAAUAGAACUAUUAUCCAAUGGAGGUCUUGGUAUGGCAAUGUUCAGCAUAGGUCUGUUUAUGGCAUCACAGUCAAGCAUCAUAGCUUGUGGAGCAAGAAAUACACUGGUUGCAAUUGGACUGAAAGUUUUAGUAGGACCUGCUCUAAUGGCUUUAGCAUCCAUUGUCAUUGGAUUAAGAAACACAUUGUUUAAAGUUGCUAUAGUUCAGGCAGCUCUACCACAAGGAAUAGUUCCUUUUGUUUUUGCUAAAGAAUAUAAUGUCCAUCCAUCAAUCUUAAGCACUGCAAUCUUGUUAGGAAUGCUCAUUGCUUUGCCAGUGGAAUUGGCUUUCUACUUUCUGUUAGCACUUUGA